AUGAAAUCAGCCCUCACCUACCUCUACAGCAGCACCAAAAGCGUCGCGGAGGAACGCUCCCAAAAUCGAGAGUGGAGACGGACGUAUGAUGGGAAUGGAGGGUUGAGGGUUAGUAAGUUGGGGGUUGGGGAACAGAGGGAGAGGGAGAGGAGGUUUACGAUGGGGGGGUUGGGGGGUGGGAGUGGGAGAGGAGGGAGAGGGAGAGGGAGAGGGAGAGGGAGAGGAGGUUUACGAUUGGGGGAUUGGGGAUGGGGAUGA